GAGAAGUGUCACUGUGUGUUUUCAUGUUUACAUUUGGGGCACCGCGUCAAAAUGAAUCCCCCGAUGAUCAUCUCGACCAGCUCCGUGUCAACAACAAAGAGGAAACGAGAGGCAGAGCGUUCGGUUAACUGGACGGCGGAGGAAACUCAGGUGCUCCUCUGCGCCUGGAGCGAUGAGCGAGUCCAGAAGACUUUGGCUGAAAACCUCAGAAACCGGCAUGUCUUCAAACACCUCUCAGCUCGCAUGAGUGAAAUGGGUUUCUCUCGGAGUCCGCACCAGUGCCGGCUUCGAGUGAAAACUCUCAAGGCUAACUACGUGAGAGCCAAACUGCAGAGAAGCAUGGACAGCUCGCAGCCGUGCACUUUUAAAUACUUUGCCGAGAUGGAUGCGGUGCUGGGCCGAAGGACGGGGGGAGGGGAAGGAGGGUCUCAUUUUGUUUCACACCAACGGGUGUCAGAGGGCCACUUUGACUCCACUGAUGGGACAGGGAGUUUUACCUCGGAUUUAAAUUCCAGUACAAACAUAAGUGGACACCAUUUUGGCUCUUUGGGGAAUUCAAGGAGGCAAAAUUUAAGCUCUUUAGAGGAGAGAGAAGGCUGUCAGCUGGACUCUGAAGUAAAGGUAGAGCACAGAGAAGAGUCGGUGGAUGAGUUAGAGUACAGCGACACUGGAUUCUCACAGCAUCCAAGAGACAGGCACCACGAAGUUUAUCUGGAGACAGCCAUCCACCCGGAUAUUAACGGUAUAACAGUGGAAAAUAGCUCAAGCACUCCUUCUCCACAUGUGGUCCUACCUCUACCUGCUCCUCCUGCUCCCACUCUUACCCAGUCCACUGCUUCUCCUCUCCCAGCACCUCCAGAUAUAAACCCCAACAUCUUCCCUGCCUCUGCCCACCAUCACCCUGCACCUUCCUGUCUUGAACCUGUUCUUAAGCACCUGUCAGAAUGCUUCCAGCAGCUGGUCUCUGAGACCCGGAGCUUGCUGGUGCAGCUGGAGAGUCAAAGGCAGGAGCACGCCCGAUGGCACCAGGAGCUCCUGGCCCAGUGGCUGCAAAGGGAGGAACGGCGGCAGAGGGAGACGGCUGAGAGGGAGGAGAGGAGGGAGAAAGCUCGCAUGGAGCACGAGAUUAGAGUCCUUGAGCUCCUCACCAAUCUGAGCAAACAGCAGGGGUGUAGCUGUGAGGGCAGCCGGACUUUAGCAGGGGGACAAGCUGGUCCAAAUCAUACUAUGAACAAAGACAGGAGUUAGGAGCUUUACAGUGGCUGACCCAAAGCGUGGACUGAUAUUCCUUCUCAGGUGGAAACAAAUAACAUUAGCAAUGAGGCAAGCUCCCACAGUCAGGCCAGCCCGAAUCCUGAGUGGGAGAUUUUAGUUGAGCCAAGUGCACAGAUACCCCCCCCCCAAAAAGAAGCAGAAAGUCUGUGAGAAUAAUGUGAUGACUGUUACUGUGACAUUUAAGGGCCCAGAAAGCCAAAAAAGAGGAAAUUACAGUUGAAGUGUAAAAGAGGAAUUUCUUCUUGUUUUUGCAGUCACAUUGCUUAGGGGAUUUCUGCGGUGUCAGUGAAUUUCGCCAAAUGUUACAGAGUUGUUUCGAUGCACUU